GUUACCUCCAAUGGAUCCCCCGCCUUCCCCUGUAUGCUCUCGUAUUGCGUAUUCCCGUGGCCGUGCGCCCGUGCCUCACUGCCUCUGCUGUAUGCCCGUACUUAUUCCGUUUGUAUGAUGGUUGAACGGGUCGGUACUCGGUAGUAAUGCUUGCUAGGUGUUCGUUGUUUUGCCUGACAAGAAGAGUCGUGGCCUUGGCCCGAGAAGCAUUAGUUACAUUUCGUUUUACAGUUCUCAGUUACUGAAUUUGUUUUGCUGCCGUACCUCUCUGAAUUCCCAAGUACAACUAGUGAGAAAUUGACCAUGGUUUGCUUGGUGGAAAUAAGUUUGGUGUAAAUUGAAAAUCACUCACAAUGGUUAAGUUUACGGUUGAAGAGAUGCGCAGGAUUAUGGACAAGAAGCAUAACAUCCGUAACAUGUCUGUUGUCGCUCAUGUGGACCAUGGAAAAUCUACCCUUACUGAUUCCCUUGUGGCAGCUGCUGGAAUUAUAGCCCAGGAUGUUGCUGGUGAUGUUCGAAUGACUGAUAGUCGUUCAGAUGAAGCAGAACGUGGUAUUACAAUAAAAUCUACUGGUAUCUCUCUUUACUAUGAGAUGAGUGAUGAGUCACUCAAAAGUUACAAGGGUGACAGAGAUGGAAAUGAAUACCUAAUCAACCUCAUUGACUCACCUGGACAUGUCGAUUUUUCUUCGGAAGUCACAGCCGCACUUCGUAUAACUGAUGGCGCUUUGGUUGUGGUUGACUGUAUUGAGGGUGUCUGCGUUCAAACUGAAACUGUGCUUCGCCAAGCCCUUGGUGAGAGGAUUAGGCCUGUCCUCACUGUGAACAAGAUGGAUAGAUGUUUUCUUGAACUUCAAGUUGGUGGUGAGGAAGCUUAUCAAACUUUCUCCCGUGUCAUAGAGAAUGCAAAUGUUAUUAUGGCAACAUACGAAGAUGCACUCCUUGGUGAUGUUCAAGUCUAUCCAGAAAAAGGGACUGUUGCUUUCUCUGCUGGCUUGCAUGGAUGGGCUUUCACCUUGUCUAACUUUGCAAAGAUGUAUGCAUCCAAGUUUGGAGUUGAUGAAUCUAAAAUGAUGGAGAGGCUUUGGGGUGAGAACUACUUUGACCCUACCACAAAGAAGUGGACCAUCAAACACACCGGUUCUGAUACUUGCAAGAGAGGUUUUAUUCAGUUCUGCUAUGAGCCCAUCAGGCAAAUUAUCAACACCUGCAUGAAUGAUCAGAAAGAUAAGUUGUUGCCUAUGCUGCAAAAGCUUGGUGUUACCAUGAAGGACCUAACUGGCAAGGCUCUCAUGAAGCGUGUUAUGCAAACUUGGCUUCCUGCAAGUAAUGCACUUCUUGAGAUGAUGAUCUAUCACCUUCCCUCUCCAGCAAAGGCUCAGAGGUACCGUGUGGAAAACUUGUAUGAGGGCCCCCUUGAUGAUAUAUAUGCAUCUGCCAUUAGAAACUGUGAUCCAGAAGGUCCUCUUAUGCUGUAUGUUUCAAAGAUGAUUCCAGCAUCUGACAAGGGGAGGUUCUACGCUUUUGGUCGUGUUUUCUCAGGGAGAGUUGCAACUGGCAUGAAGGUCCGUAUCAUGGGCCCCAAUUAUGCCCCUGGCCAGAAGAAAGAUCUGUACGUAAAGAAUGUCCAGCGAACUGUCAUCUGGAUGGGCAAGAAGCAGGAGUCAGUGGAAGGUGUUCCUUGUGGCAACACUGUUGCUAUGGUGGGUUUGGACCAGUUCAUCACAAAGAAUGCUACCCUGACAAACGAGAAAGAAGUUGAUGCCUGUCCAAUCAAAGCCAUGAAAUUUUCAGUGUCCCCUGUUGUGCGUGUUGCUGUUCAGUGCAAGGUUGCCUCUGACCUUCCCAAGCUUGUUGAAGGUUUGAAGCGUCUGGCCAAGUCAGAUCCUAUGGUUCUCUGUACUGUUGAGGAAUCUGGCGAGCAUAUUAUUGCUGGAGCUGGCGAGCUUCACCUUGAAAUUUGUUUGAAGGAUCUGCAGGAAGACUUCAUGGGUGGUGCUGAAAUUACUGUCUCCCCUCCUGUUGUCUCAUUCCGUGAGACUGUUCUUGAGAAAUCUUGCCGGACUGUCAUGAGCAAAUCCCCGAACAAGCACAACCGUCUGUACAUGGAAGCCCGCCCAAUGGAAGAGGGUCUGCCUGAAGCCAUUGACGAGGGUCGUAUUGGCCCGCGUGACGAUCCUAAAGUACGCUCCAAAAUUCUAUCCGAGGAGUUUGGUUGGGACAAGGACCUCGCAAAGAAGAUAUGGUGUUUUGGGCCAGAGACCACAGGCCCUAACAUUGUUGUGGAUAUGUGCAAGGGAGUGCAGUAUCUUAACGAAAUAAAGGAUUCCGUUGUGGCUGGCUUUCAGUGGGCAUCAAAAGAAGGUGCACUGGCUGAAGAGAACAUGCGUGGCCGUGGCAUUUGCUUUGAGGUUUGUGAUGUUAUCCUCCAUUCUGAUGCUAUUCAUAGAGGUGGUGGCCAGAUCAUUCCAACAGCCAGGAGGGUCAUUUAUGCUGCUCAGCUCACUGCCAAGCCAAGACUGCUUGAGCCUGUUUACUUGGUGGAGAUUCAGGCCCCUGAGAAUGCUCUUGGUGGAAUUUACAGUGUUCUGAACCAGAAGAGAGGACAUGUGUUCGAGGAGAUGCAGAGGCCUGGUACCCCACUCUACAACAUCAAAGCUUACCUCCCUGUUAUCGAGUCAUUUGGGUUCACAAGCACCCUUAGGGCAGCAACCUCUGGUCAGGCCUUCCCCCUCUUUGUAUUUGAUCACUGGGAAAUGCUGUCAGUUGAUCCUUUGGAGCCUGACCAGACAGCUAACCUUGUCCUGGAUAUCCGCAAGAGGAAGGGUCUGAAGGAGCAAAUCACCCCUCUGUCUGAAUACGAGGACAAACUCUAGAUAUUUAAUCAUGUUAUUAUGCUUAUAGUGUUAUAUCGCUUUAUAAUUGGUAGUGGCCAUCUAUGUGAGCAGUGAGCUGCUAUUUCAUGUAUAAUAUUAUGUCGAACGGUUGUACGGUAGCAUGGGAUGAUGAUCAGGCGAUAUUGUUAUAAUUUGUUAUGGUAUUUACCAUCAUAUCAUAAUCUGUUCUCUCUCGUA